UUCCAAAAUUACUCUAAAAGAAUCUUGACCGUAAGAUUAAAAAAAAAGAGAAAAUAAUUAAUCAAAUGGUAUAUAAAGAGGUUGCCACCGUGAUUACUAAAAAAUAAGUAAUCACCCUAACCCAUUCUCCUAUACCUAUGAACUAUGAUACCGAUCAGCCACAAAAGUGCUGCCGUUUUAGCGACCCGUCAAAUCUUCACGCAAGGGUUUAAGCGCCAAAAUCCCUAAUUCAAGAAUCGUUCUUCAGUUUCCUCCUCACUGGCUUAGGACUCCCAGCUUUCUUCUCUCGUUCAUCGACUCCACGAAGCCGCAUUAGAUUUUCCGUUAUGGUUCUCAGAACCCGCUCAAUUCUUGCUCCCGCCAUUCGCAGAUCAGUGUUGAACCCUAGAUUGGUCCCCGAAAUCAAGCACAUUUCCAGCCUCAAGGUUAUGUGGCGGAAGGACCCGAUGCUAAGAUGGAGCCAUAGAGAGAGACGAGAGAUACGAACUCUGCGCACGUGUCGUCAGAGAGGUGUUGAACGAACCGGGCCAAGCAAUCCCGCUAUCCUACCUAGAGACAAGGCGCGAGAGGUUGCACCAUGGACAAGAUCAAAACUUUUCUCCGUCGUAAUCCACUGUUGUUCGAUACUUUCUACAAUCGAAUCAAACCCAAGUCUGAGCCGGUUCUGUUCAUUCGCCCCAGCCAAUGGUUGAUGAAUUUUCUGGAAGAGGAGAAGAUGAUACAGCUUGACAAUGAGGAGAUGCUCGUUGCCAAACUGUGCAAGUUGUUGAUGAUGGCCAAGGACAAGAGAGCUGAUAGAGAAUCUAGAUUAUCAGGGAUUAGGGUUCGACCUAAUUUCAAUUACAAGCUUCCACCAGGUUUUUUCCUGAUGAAAGAGAUGAGGGAAUGGGUUAGGGACUGGUUGGAACUCGAGUACGUAUCGCACUAUGUUGAUGCUCCACACUUGGAGCAAUCCUCACCCGAAAUGGAGAAGAGAGCCGUUGGGGUUUUUCCAUGAGCUGCUAUCGCUUUCUCCAUUCAAGAGGGUUCGGGUCGCAAUUUUUGGAAAGUUUUGUGAAGAGUAGAGGUUUUCCAAUGCAUUUUCAAGUGUUGUCACCAGGCAUUCUGGGAUAUUUUAUAUGUCAAUGAAAGGGAGAACUAAGACUGCAAUGCUCAGAAAAGCAUACAGAGCAGUGAGUUGAUUGACUGAGACCCAUUGCUAGAAGUAAAAGAUAAGUUUGUCG